UGCAGGCCUUCUUCAACAUUACACACAGUUUCUUCAUAAAAAGAGUCCUCGUUUUGUCUGUUUAAGAAAUUUGAAAAUGGCGAGUGGUCUCUCACACCACCUUCUCUGUAUAUAUUCCUCAAAAACCAACCCACCAUUUUCUAAAACACAAGCACUGAUCAGAAACCCAAAACGUUCCAUUGGUCUCCGGACCCUCCUCAAGUCAUCGUCUCCCAAAAACUCCAACACUUCACUGCAAAGCUCGCAGGAAGAACCAAAGCCCAUUGUCACUCCUAAACAGACCAAUCGCCCCGGCCCAAACCCACCUUCCAAAUUGUCUUAUUCCGACUCCUUCUUCAUUCGGCUUCGCCGUUUAAGAGAUGAAAGUUUUAUGUUUGAUGGGAUUGCGGUGGACAUUUUGUCAAUUGCUUUGCCUGCAGCUCUGGCUCUGGCUGCUGACCCCAUCACCUCUUUGGUUGACACAGCCUUUGUUGGGCAUUUGGGGUCUGUUGAAUUGGCAGCAGUUGGGGUGUCUGCUUCAGUAUUCAACUUAGUUUCUAAAUUGUUUAACGUUCCAUUGCUCAACAUCACCACAUCUUUUGUUGCUGAAGAGCAGGCAUUGGCUAUUAAGGCUGAGGAUAGUUCAAAUUCAAUUGGUCCUGAUGAUUGCCAGGGUGAUAGCCAAAGCAAAAAGCUCCUUCCCUCGGUAUCAACUUCGUUGGGUCUUGCUGCCACCAUUGGCAUUGCUGAAGCUGUUGCACUUUUUCUUGGGUCGGGUGUGUUGAUGAAUGUCAUGGGUAUACCUGCUGAUUCACCCAUGCGAAUACCUGCUGAGCAAUUUCUUGCCCUAAGGGCAUUUGGUGCUCCACCCAUUGUAAUUGCACUUGCUGCACAAGGCACAUUUCGUGGAUUUAAGGACACGAAGACACCUCUGUAUGCCGUUGUUGCUGGCAACGUACUUAAUGCUAUAUUGGAUGGGAUAUUGAUAUUUAUUUUCAAUUUUGGAAUUCGCGGUGCUGCUAUUGCUACAGUGAUUUCUGAGUAUUUGAUCGCUGCUAUUCUUCUGUGGAAGUUGAAUAGCAAAGUGUUCCUUGUCCCUUCUUAUAUUGAUGGGAGAAGAAUCAUAGGUUACCUUCAAUCUGGGGGUCUUCUUAUUGGCAGAAGCUUAGCAGUGGUGUUAACUACGACACUAGCCACAUCCGUGGCAGCUAGAGAAGGCCCUAUACCUAUGGCUGGUCAUCAGAUUUGCAUCCAAGUUUGGUUGGCAAUAUCUUUGCUUACAGACGCUUUAGCACUUGCUGGUCAGACACUUCUUGCCAGUGGUUACUCCCAACAAAAUUAUGACCAAGCACGCCGAGUUAUAUAUAGAGUUCUACAGCUUGGCCUAGUGAUGGGAACUGGUUUGGCAGUUAUAUUGUUCAUCAGUUUUAAACCGUUUUCUAGCUUAUUCAGCACAGAUCCACAAGUUCUUACAAUUGCAUGGUCUGGUAUAUUGUUUGUUGCUGGAUCUCAGCCAAUAAAUGCUCUAGCAUUUGUUCUUGACGGACUGUACUAUGGAGUUUCAGAUUUUGGAUAUGCUUCCUAUUCGAUGGUACUUGUAGGACUGAUUUCUUCAAUCUUCAUUCUUGUUGCUUCUCCUGCUUUUGGCCUUGCUGGAGUCUGGACCGGGUUGUUCCUCUUCAUGGCAUUGCGUGUAAUAGCUGGAAUGUGGAGGUUGGGCACAAAGAGUGGACCAUGGAAAUUGGUCUGGGAUAAGAGGAAGCUGGAAAGUUAGUGUGACAUAGGCUCAUCUCCUAGUAAAGGAGAACACAACCUAAUCAGGGGAUUUCGAACACAAGUAACUGCUCCAAAGUUUGAUGCUGAUGGAGUAACCUGUUGUCUCUGCUCCAUUGAUGGCAUGGGUUUUGUUCUGGUGGUCAAGGGCCUAUCCAUUUACUAAGACCGGCCAGAUCAACAAGAAGGUGGCUUUUAUUGAGCUUCUGGCUACUCACUGGAUUUAGUAUGCGAAGGACGCAGAAGUUGAUCAGAGUUCCAAACCAAGAUUUCUUCCCUUCCAUACUUAACCAGGUUCUUGUAGUUUAGGUGCUUUUUGAAUUUUGUAUAUAAAUUAAUGCUGUUCAUGUUUCUCACAACUGUAGCCCCCAAAAUGUCUCAGAUAUAUACAUUUUCUCAAGGAAAAGAGGCAACCAUUUGUGACAAAAUAAUAUCAGAUGAUUUUUGAA